AUGAACAGUGUCCGCAAUAACCGCACCUGUGGCACACCUGUAGAUGUCUCACAAGCCAAGCAGGUAGAAGCUUACAAGACUCCUCCGAAGAUGGUAGAAAGAGUCUUAAAGAGACUGGACGCCUUGGAAGAAAGCAGACGUCUUGCGGAAGGCAAAAAGACGGAAAUUGAGGAGCAGAUCCUUAGACUGAAGGAAGAAGCUAUUAGGAAAGUCGAAGAAAGUGCCAAGACUCUGACAGAACAAGUAAGACAUGUCUUCAAGAGGCAGGAGCAAAACGUAAAAAAUGAGAUUGAAGACUUGACGUCACACUUAAAGAGUAGCCAUGGCAACGGAAGACAUAACUAUGACGUUACGAAAUCUCAACUUGACUUCAAUUUGCAACGUCACGCCCCCAAGCCACCUAUUAUAGAGUUCGUGGCCAGUGAUUUUGAAGGGUCUGUUUUCACACUUGGACGUAUUGAGGUCAAGAAAGACAAAGAAGCCAACUCUCCACGGCAAGACGUGCUCUCAGCGCCUUCUAGAACGUUCACGUCUUGGAAGUCCCGUUUUGGGACCAGCGGGACAAAGAAGGGACAGUUUUCUGAACCGUUGUGUGUCACCACCGCUUCAGAUCAGGUCUACGUCAUCGACCGAGCGGGCGGCGGGCGAGUCCAAGUCUUCACGUUAAAGGGGGAGCAGGUUAGCGAAUUUAUGCUGAACUUCGGGGACAACCUGAACAUAAACGGUUGCGGGUUGUUUUCUGACGGAAGGCAUGUUACGUUCGUGGGCAGCUUGUGCAAAGGAGCUAUAGGCGUGGACACGACUUAUACAAACGUGUUUUUGAAAUACACCAAAGAAGGGCGACAGGUUGCUAGAAGAGCUCUGACCGUCGGUUCGGGUCGAGAUCCUAUUAUUGAUGCCUCAGGAUUUCAGGACGGCAGGAUCGCAGCAGCUCUGACCGGGAAGGUCUGUAUCCUAGCAACGAGCGGUGACACCCAGUCCGAGUUCGACACGGCGGUACAGACCUACAAGCGUGUGUGUGUGGAUCAUAGGAACAACAACAUCCUGCUGUCUCUUCAUAAAACCGUGCAGGUCUACAACGAGCGUGGCCAAAGACUGCAGGAGUUGAGUCUAGAGCCUGGGUUGGGGAGAGGCCCGCUGAACGGACCGCACGGCCUGUGUGUGGACGAGCGGGGAAACAUCAUCGUAGCUGACUGGAGUAACAGCCGGGUACAGAUGUUCAACGGGGAAGGAGGAUUCGUACAGACCAUAGCGGGGGAAGAGGACGGUGGUUCCCACAGCACAAAAACAACUAUUUAA